UAAUAAUGAAACCUACGCAUACUACUAUUGAAGUAGUUCGCUGUUGUUGCGUGAACCGUAUUCUCGGUAACAAAUACUGCAAGUUGCUCAUCGUGGCUAAGGCUAUCUCUACCACCCUGAACAACGACACAACCAUCUCUUUGGUGCGAGUUUCUCCAACAGACUCCUCGCAACCUUCGUAUUGAACCCACCAAACUCUAUCCUUACCGAGCCAUUCCUUUGCUUCGCACUCCUCAGCUUGCUUGGUCCUCCUUCUCGUAACCCACUAGCGGAGCGGGAGACCCCCAUCUUGGGCAAGUUUGUGCUAGUGAGACAAGUAUACCUAAUCGGGAGUUCAUUAGUGUGCGGCACAGGGUCUCGGCCGUUUUUCCUUCGCCAAUUAACCUAGCUGGUCCCGCUAGCGCCACCUCCGAUUGGUUGUUAAUCACCAGACCGCCACAAGGGCUGGGUUUUAACCGAUAGCCGGCAUCUAUUUUGCGCUCGGAUUAGUAUCUGGAGUAGUAUUCUCAGCCGUAUUUGCAUCGUCAGCUUCUCUUAGUGACGGCUACGAGGGGCUGAUGACGGGUAAUGAUGUGGCCCUCGCUCCCGUACGGGCCCAGUGCCGCCAAUAUAUUAACACAAGGGUCUACGCACAAAAAAUGCAGGUAACCCUAUUCACACGCUGCAAGUAUUCAUAUUCGCAUCCGUUUGAAAUCACCUGAAUGGCUUCUCAAUACGACGCUAUAGGCGCCAACUAUGACGUUGUUAAGCGUGUCUUCUUCAACCGCAUCGAGCAGCAUAACCUGCGCAAGAGGAUCAUCCCGCUACUGAAUAAGCCCGACGUCUCAGUGCUUGAUUUUGCCAGCGGUACCGGCUUCUACUCGAAGCACUUUUUAGAAUGGGGCGCCGCUUCGGUUGUUGGCGUUGAGCUCUCUCCCGCCAUGGUGGAUGUUGCUCGUCAACGUCUGGAUGCAACUCCAAACGCAGCCAAGGCGACAUUUCAUGUGGCUAAUGGAUUCGAACCUAAGAAGUAUGUCCCUGAAGGGUCGGCGGGAUUCGAUGUUGCAGCUGGAGUCUGGUUUUUGAACUAUGCCAAGGAUGAAGAGGAGUUGACGAGGGCGUUCGAGAAUAUCGCUAUGAACCUCAAGGACGAUGGCGUUUUGGUGGCAAUCUGCCCGCACGGCGUGGAAGAUACCGAGAGUUUUGCAUCUAUUGUCAAUUGCAGAUGGGAUCUUGCCACGGGCGUUAAGUUCAAUUAUUUGUAUCCUCUGCCAGACGAGAUUGGAUACCGCAUGGAGAUCACCAUCACUCCACCAGCAACUGAGCCCGAGGCGAGCGUCGUCAAGUUUCAAAACUACCACCUCAGGAAAAGUAUCUACGAAAGAGCCGCCCGAGCUGGAGGCAUGAAGGGCAAACUGGAAUGGAGGAUGGCCGAAUUCUUGGAGAGCGAAUGGACACGGAUGUUGAAAAUCAAUCGUGAUGAUCCGCUGUGGAAGAGCUUCACUCAGUGGCCAGACUUGACUGUCUUGGUGAUUCACAAAUCUUAAUAGUAUGGUAGUGGUAUUUAGUUUUGCAGUAAUGGUAGGACACUUGAAACAUGGCCAUAUGUUGGUAAACACGCAUAUAUAUGGAACAG